CUUCAGUCUGCUCCUCCGCUGCAGAAGAAGCAGGACCUGCGCGCCAGCUCAGCCUCACAGCGUCGCUCCGGCGAUCUGAAAACACCUCAAGGAGGAAGCGCAGCUGGGAAGAAGUCACGCUCGUAACCGGGCUGCUCCGAGUCCGAACAGUGAUCAUCAGACGAAGUCCGGUGAAGCAAUGCCCACACUCUGACAGUCAAUAUGGUUCGGUGUUUGAUGUUGCUGCUCCUGGUGCACGUCGUUCUGGUGUUUCACGGCUCGAUCUGUGUGGAUCAAGUUGCCAUAGACCUCCCGUGGCAGGACCAGUUAUGCUGUCACUCAACACCUGUUCACCCUGGUGUGGAGGCAGAGGGCAGUUCUGCAGAGAUGAAGCGCUCUGAAUCUGACCUCCCACACCGGCCCCACUGCAUGUUCUCCCGCUCAACAAGUCCUGUGCUAGAGCAAAAUGCAAGUGUCUGCGUGAACGUGCUGUGCUUCAUUGAGGAAAACUGGGAGUACUUAACUUGCCAUCGUCAGUCUCUCAUCUCAUCAGGAAACCUGUCUAUUACUGCUGUGGCAGUUCACCUUCAAUGGCUGAAGUCCCCAGUUAAUGCGUCAGGGAAUGCUGAGUAUGCGUUUAAUCAUCCUGUCCGUUGUGCAUCCGAGGAAUCCCUCCCAUGUUCUCUUGCUUCUGAUACUAUGGCAAGUGUUGCCAUGGUGACCUUUAGUGUCUUCAAUGAAACAACAAAGACAGUACUGCUCAACUUUCCAGCUAGGCCAGCAAAGCCCAGCGCUCCCAUCAACCUGUCUUACAAUCAGACAGUUGAGGCAAUGUUGUUCUUGCUGUGGGAGGUCCCGGACUACUCUGACUAUGGCCUCCUCAAAUACCAGGUCCGUUUCGCUGUGAAUGCCAGUCUUCCAGUUUGGCAGGUUAUUAACGCUACGCUUGACAAGCCUCAACUGGUUCUGGAUCUGAAGCCAAAACUCCCUUACACAGUACAGGUGCGCUGCUCCACCAUGGCUGAGCCCCCGAUGUGGAGCGACUGGAGCGACUGCCUACACAUCUUCCUUGAUACUGUGAGUUACAUCCCUGAGAAAAUUGUUGCACAACCGGGGCAGAAUGUCACAGUGUACUGCCUGUUCAACGACCACAACUCUGAUGCCAGUGGGGCUAUGUGGACUUUGAACCACCAGCAGCACCUUCAUCGUAGCCAGUACCACCAGAUCAACCAGUGGGUCAGCCAGAUCACCGUAAGACCCUCAGAGAAUGGAAUGUACGACCUGUUGCAGUGUACACAGGAGUGGACCAUCCCCUACAGCCAGAUCUAUGUAGAAGGAGCUUCUAUUGACAUAAAAUGUGUAACAAAUGGGGAUAUUGAUGCUAUGGACUGUAGCUGGACCACCACCCAGCUGACCACACCCAUAUUUAGGUCAAGAUGGGCUGACAUGCUGUGUGAUGAGAUGAAGGCGCUGGAGGGAGCCGGGGUGGUUGUUGGCAGCACCGGUCCAGUUUGCCAUCCGAGCUGGUCUGGACACUGCACCAUCCGACCUCUGAGGAUGAACUGCUACAAGCUCUGGUUGGAGAUCGAAUCAGAAUUUGGUCCCAUCAGAUCCAAAGCUGUCUACUUGUCUCCAGCAGACCACAUUAAAGCCCACCCACCAACAAACAUCAAAGCUCUGAGUCGGGGCAGUGGGGUCCUGAAGGUUACAUGGGAUCCACCAAGGCUUCCUGUGAACGGACUCCAAUGUCAGCUCCGUCUACUCUUGCCAUCUGCAGCCAGAGCUCAGCCGGAAUGGAAGGUUUAUAGUCCAUUAAGCGACUCCUGGAUGGAGGUUGCGAUUCCAGACAUGUGCUGGGUCUACAGCGUGCAGGUCCGCUGUGUACACGCCUAUGGCUCUGGCUACUGGGGCGACUGGAGCGAGCUGGUGUACUCCAUGCCUGAAAAUAGUCGAGCUCCAGAACGUGGACCUGAUUUCUGGAGGAUUCUUCAGAAAGAUCAGCAGAGAACCACAACCAAUGUUACUCUACUUUUUAAGCCAAUCCAAGCAGCAGGCCGUUCUUACUGCAUUGAUGGAUUCAUAGUUCAUCGACAGCUGGCUGGUGGUGGUGUGAACAGAGAUCGUAUCAAAGUGGUGUCCUCGUACAGUUUCGAGUGGAACCAUGAUGUCCAGACUGUCACAGUGGAGGCCUUUAACAAUAAGGGGAGCUCAGCAGACAACAUUCAGAUGACCCUGGAGAGACAACCCAAGCGUCGGUGUGUGCGUUCUUUCCACGCGCUGAUCAUCAACAGCACGUGUGUGUCCCUGCUCUGGACUCUGCUAGACAACAGCUCUGUUCCUCUUUCCAUGAUGGUCCAGUGGUCUUCUCCAAAGCAGCAGGAUCAUCAUAAGGGUGAAGCUCACAUCAUGUGGGCCAGAGUUCCUUACACUGACCGUACCGUCUAUCUCAAAGGAGAUUUCUAUGGCUUUGAGGAGACGGGCUUUCAGUUGUUCCCAGUCUUUGCUGAUGGAGAAGGAAAGUCCGUCUAUACCGUCGCCUCUAAAGGAGAGCCGGCACCCUACGUUAUGCUGAUGAUCGUUUCUCUCAUCUCCAUCGUUCUGUUCGUGUCGCUGAUCCUGUCACAGAACAAAAUGAAGAGGUUUGUGUGGAAGGAAGUGCCAAACCCAAACAAGUGUUCCUGGGCCAGAGGACUGGACUUCAAGAGGGUCGACACCUUUAAUCAGGUGUUCCAGGCAUCGGACGGUCUUCCUGCCUGGCCACUGCUGCUGCCACCUGAGCACAUCUCUCAGGUGUGCAUCGUGGACAAGAUGGACCACAGCGCUUUCACUCCACCUGCACCUAUCUCACUGAAUUGUGAACCAGCAAUUGAACCAGUCAUAGUUGUCUCUCCGUCAAUGGACAGUGAGAGCCUGCUCCAUGCCACCGUCGACCAGUCUUCGGUCACGUACGCCUCCGUGUUACUUGCUGAUCCGCACCAAUAUCACAUCCAGUACAAAGACGGGAGCGGCUCCAGCGACGAGGGAAACUACUCCGCCAACAACUCGGACAUCUCCGGCCUGUGGGAGCUGAGCGAACCACGGCGGUCCUGCUCUUUGAACUCCAUGGACGAGUUCUACGAAGUGUCCGAACCGGAAAACGACAGCUCCGACGUCAUAGAGCUGAAAUACUUGAGUCUGAACUCUCCAGAGGGGGAUGAAGAGAUCACGGAUGCAGAGCUGCUAAAAAACUUAGCACCUUGCCUUGAACACGAGUUGAUACGCGGCGAUGGCUUGCAGCUCUACAUGCCUCAGUUCAGAACUGCUCAUUAACUUACUGACCAAAUCCAGCUGUGCACUGCACAAAGGCUACAGAUAUGCAUCAUUACGUUCCAUUGUGUUGUGAGGCCGAGCCAGUGCACCAAACUCUUAACCAUCAUUGCUGCUAUUGUGUUCAGUGGAGAAAAAGAAAAGGCUAUUUCAUUUUCAGGAAUGUGAUGCUGAGCUUCAUCUGUGCUACAUGUGGUGUGGUGGUCAAACCAGCAGCUAGCUAAGAGCGCACUAAAGCACACAACUGCCACACCCCCGUACCAGUCAGGUGAGAGUCCUGGCCAACUGCUGCUGUGUUUGUGCUCGAUACAAGUCUACAUCCUCUUGUUGGCAGGGCUCUCCUUCUUGACGCACAAACACCAGGAGCUUGAAUCAUCAGGUGUAUGUAGCAAGCUACAUCUGUGGGGGAGGUGCGCUGAAGGUGGAGGAGCAAGUACAUCAAGACAGUGGUUGUUCAGGUGAUAACUGACUUUUCUGUUUACCCGUGAGUUGCCUUUCUUUAGCAGACAGCUCGUAGAAGUGUCAGGAAAAUGUGAGUUAUCAGCUUUGUGUUGGUGUAUAGUGGCAGCACAAUUCAGUUUCAAAGGUGACUACAUUUGAACAGGUUUACAAGUCACAACUGCAGGUGUGUUUACAAGUGAAGUGCAAAACCAAUCAAAAUCCAGGUUUAAAGGUGCUUUUUGUCAGAAUGCUUCCUUCUGAUCAAACACUAGAUAAGUAUAUCUCAAACUAAGUGAAGCUCGUGAUUUUUGUGGUGACGUUCCAUCCAGAGCCAUUUUUCAGUGAGUCGGCUCUCUGUGCUACUCUGACUUGUGAGUCGCGCAGUUUCCAUUUUGCAGCUACCACAGCAAGCUAGCACAGUUGUGUUAAUGCCUUCCAUCAAGACACCAUCGUGAUAGCCCUCAGCUCUUUUUGUCUGGUGUGAUAUGUGGUUAAAUUGCCAAUAUAAUUGUUGUGUGUGUGAAGACAGAGGGGUGAGCAUGGGAGCAAGACCAAGAUGGAGGCUGCUGCCUAGAGACUAGCUCUGGACUGAGGGUGAACGACUUCUUACAUGUCGAGAAUUUAGACCGUGGUUUGAUGGUCAUCCUUGUUUCUCCUUCAACAAAAUUUUAGUUGCAGUUUACAAAUGCAAUAGACUUUCAGUCGACCAGUUGUCGGCCUCUUAUUUGAGGAUCGUUUUUAAGCCGUCUGUGGAACACCUACAAUUGUCUACUGCUCAUAAUGGUUAAGGUACGGGUCACUUUUCUUCAUGGUCCAAGAAAAAUUUCCAUCUGAAAGGAAUGCAAGGACGGGAUGGAGAUUUGCAGGUUUUGCUCCAACCGAUCACAGCUUCACCAGGUGAGGUUUCAGCUGAAACAAGCCGCACCGGUCUGACAAUCAACUGUCAAUACUCCUAGCACCUUUGGACGCCCCAGAUUUUGAGGAACACGAGUUUCAUUUGAGCAAGCUGUUUCUUCAAGAGGCCAAAGAUGAGGUGUUUACAGCAAAACAAAGCCCUCAGUCUUUCACACACACACCUCAUCACUUUGGGUGGGAAAGUCAUUCAUAUGGUCAGCAUAAGUGUGCACCAUAGUGCCAAAUGCAAGCUGAGCCAGAUGGAAACACCUUACAUUCCAUAACUGUGGCAUGGAGACUGCGUCGCUUCAUCGUGAGCAAGAGACUCUGAGUAGUGUGUGAUAUAAAACGGGUGAUGCUUGGGUUCACUGUGUGACUGGUCUAUUGUUCUCUAAAGAAUAAAUCCUCCUUUGUAGCUGUUGUUUGCAUGACCAGGAGAAGAACAACGACCGCCAUCAUAUUUCUCAAACACAUUGUUUGUCCACUCACCGACCUAAAGAAAGUGCUGUUGUGUACCAAUGAGUGCUACAGUGUACAACUGUUGUGUAAACCACUGAGAGAGAGAGAGAAUGUACAUUGAAUACAAAAUGGAGAGACAUUUAACUUUUGCUAUUUGAUCAUGGAAAUAAAGUGUUUACUGUGAUUCUGUUUGCAAUCACUCAUAUCCGUCCUACUAUUUCCUUAACCGGAUAGUGAUCGGCUGGUCCAUCUCAGGGCAUGCGCCAGACCAGAGAGGAUAUUCUGCCACCUGGUGGUUGCAAAGGGAACUUUUUAAGCUGGCUCUGUGUAUUUCCUGUAAAACAUGGAUCAA